AUGGGGGGAAAUAUUAUGUAAACAUUUACUUUAUAAUACAUAUAAUCUAGUUCUUCUUAGUCUGAUAUAAUUGAAUUCGCUCGUUACAAUUCUACUAAUUAUUGUGAUUAAGUUGACUAAACUGCUAAUUUAUCCAAAACCUUUUCCUAAUAAUUCAAUAGUGUUCCUUAAAUUUUUAUUGGAAUUCUCUUCUUUGAUUUAGAUACGACAACUUAAAGAAUUGCCUUCAAUUUUACAGUAAAAAGUGUUAAUUAAAAUCAACUCUCUAUUCAAUUAAAUAAAUAUGGAGUUACAUGCAUAUUUGGAAUCAAAAUAUCAUACUUUGCUACAGUAGAUCAAGAUAAAUUAGGUUAUUAAAGAGGAGUUUAAUGUGCAAUAACAGGAUUUGAUUCAAUUUACUAAAUUCCACCAAGUAGCGAUGCUUCUUAUUCAGAUCGAAACUUAUCUACUACAACAUAAGUUGAUACAUCAAACAACUUUUACUAUAUUUAAAUACAAGCUUCUGAUUUAUCUAAUAAACAACAUCAUAAAUCACAACAAAUUAAAAUUUUUAAAUAAAUCUUGAUUCGUCUUUUACAGGAAAUACAAUCACAUCAUUUUUAGGACUCUAAUAAUUUGACUUGUCCUAAAAUUAAGCUUUAAGAUUAGAAUAUCAAAACUUCAAUUUUUAAAACUGCAAAUCUAGCUCUUAUUAAAUAAACUCAAGCGAUUUAAAAUAAUGUGUUUCAAGGUGUUAAGAUGGUUAAUAUCCAGCUAACUUUCAAACUACUUAAGUGUGUUCUCCUUGUAAUCCAAUUUGUAAAACUUGCUCAAGUUUAAAUGUAUGUACUUCUUGCUAAUCAAAUUAAUUUGUAGAUUCCUCUACUUAGUCCUGUAGCAACUGCGAUACAAACUGCUUAACUUGUUAAAAUUCUUCUACAUAAUGCUUAAGUUGUCCUUAAGGUUGGUUUCUUUACAAUUAAAAGUGUUAUUCAAUUCAACCAUAAGGCACUUAUUGCGAUCAAAAUAAAAUAUGCUAAGAUUGUUAAAGAUCUUACUAAUGCAAUUUUUGUGAUAAUACAUUAUAAAUUUGCAUUAGUUGUAUUAAUUAAAGUUUAUAUUUUUUAAAUGGAGUUUGUUCUAAUAUAUAGCCACCAAACACAUAUUGCAAUUUAUAAAAUAUAUGCCAAAAAUGUCCAGACUCAUGUAAUGGAUGCGAUUUAAAUUUAAAUUGUACAUAGUGCGCAAAUCUAUAAAAUUACUUUUAUUUUGGAAAGUGUCUUUAGUAAUAACCACAAAAUACCUAUUGUAGUGUAAAUUUUGGUUUUUAAAAAUUUUGCUAAAACUGUCAUCCUGCUUGUAGUUAAUGUUUUGGAUAAUAAUUAGAUCAAUGUUCGACUUGCUAGUAGGGAUAUUAAUUAGUUGGUUCUUCUUGUUUUUGUUAACAAGGAUAUGGUUAUAGUACUGUUUCUUAAUAAUGUGAAGCUUGCUAAAUUAGUGGAUGUAUUCAAUGUAGUAAGAGUUUAAACUAAUGUGAAAUGUGUUAAGCUUAAUUUUUAUUAGACUAAGCAUCAGGUAAAUGCUACUGCUCUAACCCUUAAUAGUAUUAUUCAACUGAAUUAUAAUCAUGCUUUUAAAAUAAUAUUCAUUUCUGUAAAGUCUCAUCCAAAUUUUAAAAUACUUGUGAAUAAUGUCAAGAUGGAUAUUACAAUUAUAAUAAAUUACUUUGUAGCUAUUGUGGAAAAUCGAAAUACACAGACUCCUAAAAUUAAUGCAAUAAUGACUGCUAACCUUAGUGUAUAAUAUGCUCAAAUAAAUCAACAUGCCUUCUCUUUUAAGAUGAAGUAAAUUCUAAUACUAAUGGAAAUUUACCAAUUAAUCCAAACUAAAAUAUUUGCCAUUAUAGUUGUGGUUUGUGCAACGGAAGUGGGUAAUCAAAUUGCCUAACUUGUAGCUCAUAAACAAGAGUUUAUGAUAUCUAAUAGCAAACAUGUAAUUGUAAAAGUGGUAGAUUAGAUAAAGGGGAUGCUGAAUGUUAGGCAGCUUUUGACUUUUAAUAAAACUACAUAUAGAUAUUAUAAACUAUCUUUAUAACAUUUUUAAUAACCUAAUCUUCCUUAGUGUUUUCCAAUUAAUUUAGGAAAGCAAAUUUGA